AUGCAGGACUCGCUCAGUGGUACUUGUGAGUGCACCUGUCACAGCAUUUUGUUGGCCAUGAUGAAGGAUGUCAAGCAUGAACAAGGACAUAGGCUAGCUGUGAUGGAGCUACAAGUCCAGUCACUAAUUAACCACUUUGGCCUCGGGAGUAAAACCUCUUCCUUUGUGGGUCAUGUGAACCUCAGAUUUAAAACACCAGAAGAAGUGUCACUGUUCUCUGAUUGCAUCAAAGCAGAUGAGGAGUAUCGAGAAGAAUCAGUUGCUAUUCUGGCAUCUACUAUCCGAAAUAUGGAAGGGAAGAAAGCAGUCUCAACUCUCAUGCGUUGA